AAGAAGAUUUGGAUGUACUUCUUUCACAACUCGAUACAGAUAUUGUACAGAUACAAGACACUGAAAAUGAAAUUCUUGCUCAACUUAUUAAGGAUCUUACUGAAGUAAAAGAAGAAAGCUAUGGAAAAUCACGUGAUCAACAGAUUCAAAUGUUAAAAACAUCUUAUUAUUUAGAACAGCUAAAGAAAGAAGCUGAUAAUAGUAAGGAAAAGAUACAGAAGAUUCAUGAUAAUCUCAAGAAAGCUCUAGGAUCCAGAUGUGCUGCCUGA